AUGUUCGACAACGGCAGCGACCCGCGUGCGCAGUUGCAGUCCCUGAUCGACCUGGCGUUGAGCCGCAGCAAGGGCCUGGGCGCCGUGCGCCUGCUUGCCGAAGCGGCGCGUUUCGACUUUGAAGAGGCGCGCGCGAUGCGGCUGCCGACCGCGUCGCUGAACAUUGCCGCCAACGGCCUCAGCACCACCGUCAACGGCCAGGACGCCGGCCGCGGCGGCCAGCUGACCGGCACCCUGAGCACCAGCAUGCCGGUGUGGGACUUCGGCCGCAUCGCCAAGCUGACCGAAUGGCGCAAGGAGCUGUCCGAAAUCGCCGCGCAGGGCCAGCGCAGCGCGGAGGAACAGCUGUCGCUGAGCGUCGUCACGCUGGCGCUGGACCGCAGCCGCUACGUGCUGCAGGCACAGGUCUAUGUGCAGUACGUGCGCAAGAUGAGCUGCCUGGUGGACGCGCUCGAAAUCAUCACCAACGCCGACCGCGGCCGCGCCAGCGAGCUCGUGCAGGCCCAGAAGAGCCUGCAGCAGGCCGACCUGUCGCUGGAGCAGACCAUGUCCGCACUGCGUCAGACCGAGGUGCGGCUGAAGCGCAUGGUGGGCGAGCCGCUGCCGCCCAGCAUCGCGAUGGCGACGCGGCUGUCGGUGCUGCCCGAGCUGGCGCAGAUGGAAACCGACAUCCUGCUGGGCGCCGACGUCGCACAGGCAGAAGCGCAGGCGAGGUCGCAGCGCAGCCUGGCGGAGUCCGUCAUUGCCGGCCAGAAGCCGAGUGUCAGCGUCAGCGGCAACGUGGUGCGGCAGGCCGGUGUGUCCAAGGCGACCGAGUACGUCGGUGGCGUCAGCGUGACGAUCCCGCUGCUGCAGCCCGGCGCGCAGUCCCAGGCAAGCGCGGCGGUGCAUCGCUACCGUGCCAGCGUGCUGCAGCGCGACGAGGCCAUCGAGGCCAAGCGCUACCGGCUGCUGGAGAUGUACGAAGUGGGCACGUCCACGCUGGACCGCGCGCGGCGCAUCGUCGAGAUCCUGCGCAACAGCGACCGCGUGCGCGCGUCGACGCUGCAGCAAUGGCAGCAGCUGGGCCGCCGCUCGCUGUUCGACGUGAUGGGCGCCGAGAGCGAUUACUACUCGAUGCGCAUCGCCCACGUGAACGCGAUGUACGACGCGCAGCAGAUCAUCGCGAUGAUCUGGAGCAUGGGGCAGGGCGUCGUCACGCCGCUGCGGUGA